AGGAGAGAGGUCGCUGGAAAAUGGAAGCAGCAGCACGAGCAAAUGAGCACGAGCGCGACCCCGAAUGGCGUCGACCCCUAAAAAAAACGAAUGGCGUCGACCCCGAGCUUGGAUUUGGGAAAGAUCAUGCUGCCGGCCGGCUUCCUCCUCCACCGCUGCGCCGCCACGCCCCAGCGCCCAUCUUCCCAAGGGGCGCCGUCUCGGUCUCGUUCUCCAAUGGUAGGUGGAGAUGGGCUCUCCCCAUUGAGCGACUCAGAGAAGAAAGCCCUCUGGUGAUGGAGAUCCCGCUGGACGAUAUCCGGAGGCCGCAAAUGCGAACACGUGCAAGAUCCUCACAAGGUGCAGGAGCUCAUGGACAGCAUCUGCGUCAUCGGCCUCCAACAGAGAGGCCGCUGGAAAAUGGAAGCAGCAGCACGAGCGUGACCACGAAUGGCGUUGACCCCUUGGAUUUGGGAAAGAUCAUGCCGUCGUCCGGCUUCCUCCUCCGCCGCCGCGCCGCCGCCCCCCAGCGCCCAUCUUACCAGCGGGAGAAGCACGGGCGGGCGGUGCGGCCUCGCCGUCUCGGUCUCGUCCUCCAAUGGUGCAGAUGGGCUCUCCCCAUUGAGCGACUCAGAGAAGAAAGCCCUCUGGUGAUGGAGAUCCCGCUGGACGAUAUCCGGAGGCCGCAAAUGCGAACACGAGCAAGAUCCUCACAAGGUGCAGGAGCUCAUGGACAGCAUCUGUGUCAUCGGCCUCCAAGUACCUAAUUUUCGUUGAUGUGAGGCAACAACUGGUCGAUUAGUUGAAGUAUUGUUCUCCAACACCACCAUCUUAUUUUCGUCUACCAUCAUCGG